AUGUCGAUUCUUUCUACUUUUGUCACAAACACCAAAAUACACAACCUUUUAUGUACAUACUCUCUGUUUUCACUCUGUUUUUCCGCACUCACUGAAGCAACAACAUUUGAUAUCCAAAACACCACAAACUUCAAGUUUUUAGGAGAUGCCCACAUGCUCAACAAUACUUUUAGACUCACUCGCGACCUCAUCGUACCCAAUUCCAGUGCAGGCCGGGUUUUAUACAGUAAGCCCAUAAGAUUUUGUCAACUCGGAAACCCAAAUCCAACCAGUUUCGCCACUCAUUUUUCAUUUUCUAUUCUUGAACUAAACCCGAAUUCUAUUGGCGGUGGUUUCGCUUUUGUUAUAUCACCAGACGAUAGAUCAGUUGGAGCCGCUGAUGGGUUUCUUGGGAUUCCAGCUGGCUCUGUUGCAGUCGAGUUUGACACGGUUAAGGAUAUGGAGUUUAAGGAUAUUAAUGGCAACCAUGUUGGUCUUGAUGUCAACUCAAUGGUUUCUUUACGAGCUACUAAUUUGGAUUUGGUUAAUGUAGAUAUAAAAAGUGGGAAGUUAAUUCACUCGUGGGUCGAGUAUUCCGGGUCAAAUCAUCAACUAAGAGUGUACAUUUCGGAUUCUAAAACAAAGCCCAAAUCACUAGUUUUAUCAGUCACUAUAGAUCUUUCUCAAUACGUAAACGAGUUUAUGUUUGUUGGAUUUUCCGGGUCAACUCAAGGGAGUACUGAAGUUCACUCUGUUGAAUAUUGGAUUUUUACUUCAGCUUUUGAUGACCCAAAUACAGAACUCGGGCCAAACUCACCGCCUAUUUCGAAUUUCGAGCCCCCGUUUAACCCAAUGCCAUAUUUGAUGCCACCAACAAUAUCAACUUCUACUCACAUGACCCGAAAGCAUCGUAAGCUGAAUAAACUGAUUAGAGGGCUGGUGGGGGCGUUGGUUGGGAUUGUUGUGUUGACUGGGGGCAUAAGCAUCUACCUAAAAUAUCAAAAUGGAGAUCAAAAUCAGUACUAUAAUAUCUGCAAUUGUUGUUCAAAUGUGAAUAAUGUAGCCGUUUAA